AUGCGUUGGGCCUUCGGCUCUCUUUUAUCUAUGGUGUUUCUGAACUCUUUUAUCUGCUCGCACUCCCAACCUUGCGAGCAGGUGUCGUGCGAUGGGCUUGGCGCUUACAUGAAUGACGAUAAUUGUACCGACGCACAAUUUUAUCGCGAUUGGGCGGCCGCGUCUGGGCUAAAGGGAGCAAUGCAAGAGGGCUAUGCAGUUGGACUGUUGGAGUUUCGACUCGUUAUUAGUAGCCAGGCUUUCGAGAAUUUCAUCUUGUUCAUCAUUUUAUGCAACUGCGUUACUCUUGCCCUCAGCAGCCCAAGGCAGGAUUUCGGGUCUACACGCCUUGGUGAAACCCUGGCAAUUUUUGAUUACGUUUACAUAGGCGUUUUUACAGUUGAGAUGUUGCUGAAGGUCAUCGCUUUGGGCUUCGUCUUCGGAAAAGGGUCCUACCUUCGUGACGGCUGGAACUUGUUGGACUUCCUGGUGGUCAUCAUGGGCUAUGUGAGCCUGCUGUCGCCCAGCAACCUGACCGCGAUCCGGGCGUUUCGCGCAAUGCGACCCCUGCGUACCAUCAACCGGGUGAAGGGCAUGAAGGUUCUCGUCAACACGAUGCUUGGCUCGCUGCCCAUGUUGUUCGACGUCUUCCUGCUGUGCGCCUUCACUUUCUUCAUGUUCAGCCUCAUUGCAGUGCAGCUUUUCGAGGGCGUCCUUAGGAACAGGUGUGGCCUUCCGGAUUUCAGUGGCGCCUACAACGUUUCAUUGGCGGGAAUUGCGGGUGGAGGUGGCCAUGGAGGUGGUGGCUAUGGUGGUGUGGUGGUGGCCAACGUGAGCUAUCUCGUACCUGACGACCAGACGGAGGACAUGUGCAGUGGGCCGCUCAGCUCGGAGGUGGUUUGGCACCUGGGGAACGAUGACUUAGUGCCAGCGGCGAAUGCUGGCAAGCCGUACGCCGGUCGCGCUUGCGACAGCGGCAUGUACUGCACGUGGUACGGCAACCCGUACAACGGCUUUGUGAGUUACGACAACAUUUUGUGGUCGUGGCUCACUAUCUUCCAGCACAUCACGUUAUCGGGUUGGAGCGAUGUGAUGUAUCUGGUGAUGGAUGCCGUCAACUACUGGGUCUGGAUAUUCUACGUGGGCCUUAUCAUCUUUGGCGCCUUUUUCAUGGUCAACCUGGCUCUGGCGGUGCUGGCGGUCAACUUCUCCGCGGAGGGGCAGCAAGCGACUGAUGAGAAGGAGGUUGAGGACAGGCAACAAGACAAGGAGGAGGACCGAAAGCGGCUGAAGCGGCAGGAGGAGGAGGAAGGAGAGCAGCAGCAGGAGGAGGAGGGUGAGCGGGGAAAAGGGCUGCGGCAGCAGCAGCAGCAGCAGCAGGGAGAGGCGUACCGCAGGUCGAGUACCAGUCGGAGGUUCGAGGCCGUCCUGGCGGCAGUGGGACUGGCGAAUGGCGCUUACGGUGAAGGCAUCAGCACGACGUCGCGCCUGGUGGCAGCACUCAAGGUUCGUCGAAGAGCCCUGCUGGCCAACGACGAAGAUGCCGUACUGGCCGGCAGUUCCCCCCCGCCGGACCUGGGUCGGCUGCGGCGCCUGACCUGGCGUGUGGCCGUCAGCAGGGGCAUGGAGCUCACCACCGCGGCGCUCAUCCUGGUCAACACAGCCGUCAUGUGCGUCAACUGGUACGGCAUGCCGUACAAGGUGGAGCAGGCCACCAACUACAUCAACUACGGCCUCACUUGCUACUUUGCAGUGGAUGUGGCGAUACGGCUCUCGGCGUUUGGUUUUGCGAGGUUCUUUCGCAGCGGCAUGAACAUCUUUGACUUUCUGGUGGUGGCCUUGUCUCUGGCGGAGAUGGUUCUCGAUCUGCUCCCUGGCGUGGCUGGCCUGGGGCCGCUGUCGGUGCUGAGGGCUUUCCGGCUGCUGCGCAUUUUCCGGCUGGCUAGAAACUGGCGGGAGCUGAACGCGCUGCUGACGGGCAUGUUUAAAUCGGUGCAGGCGUCCAUCAUGCUCGUCUGUGUCAUGUUUUUGUUUUUGUUUGUGGCAGCGCUGGUGGGCAUGCAGUUGUUUGGGUACAGGUUCAUGUUUUGUGACUACGUGUCAGGCUCCCGCCCCGUGUGUCCGCCGGGUCACCGUGUGUGGGGCCAGUGCCCCAACCACUUCCACUGCUACCUGCCCUGCGCGGAAGACCAGCAGGGCUCCUGGGUGGAGGCGCCGGGGUCGUUCUACAACGGCCUGGCCUACUGCGAGCGCUUCUGUCCUGACUGGGGAGAACUGGCAAUCAGGAACGAUAUCAUGAUUGAUGCCAUGCGCACCGUGUCGCCCUGGGCCUCACUCUAUUUCGUCUUUGUCAUCCUUGUUGGGAACUACCUGGUCUUCAACCUCUUCAUCGCCAUCCUGCUUGACAACCUGAAUUCCAAGGUCGUGGAGGCGGUGGCGGCAGUAGCAGCAGUGGCCGCGGCCACCAGCGGCAACAGCAACAAUAGCAAAUUCGGCAAGGGCCGGUCAUCAUCGUCACGCCCCUCGGCAACCACAGCGGUAUCGUCGUCGUCGUCGCCGCCGCCACCGCCUCAUCCGCCGCCGUCGCCGUCGCCGCCAAUGCACCAAGUGCAGCUGUUGGACUGGGAGGAUGUCGCGCAGGAAGAUGCCGCACUCACGCGCGCUGCUGGAGGCGGCAGCAGGAGCAGCGGCGGCGGCGCCGGCAACAGAGCUUGUGGUGCCGAGAAAAGCGGCGGCGGCGGUUUCGGGAACAGUGUUUGUGGUGGCAGUGGUGGUGGCGGAGCCGGGGCCGGCGGCACAAAUGGCGUCUCUCGUGGGGAUGGCCAAGCCGUCGGUGUUGCAGGUUUGCCUCAAGAUGGUGUCGUCGUCGAGGCGCAAUCGCCGCGGCUAGCAUCCACAACGCCGCGGCGGAGCGUUCGAGAGGUAUCGGGUCGAUGGGAGGAGUUGGAGGAAGGGAAAUCGCCGGAGCCGUCGCAAGAAACGGCCGCCGGGUCAGCGGCGGCGCCGCCGUUGGCAGGUGUGACGCGAAUGGGAUCAGCUUCCUACCGCGAGAAUACGAGGCAUCAGCGUGAAGAGCAGCUUCGACAGAGGAGCUGGCUGUCGUGCCGCCGGGUCCCUAGCAGCAGCGGCGGCGGCGGUGCCGCCGCCGGCGAGGAUAGCAUGCACGGCAGAGCAUACAGCGGCAGCGGCGGCGGCACGGCAUUAACCGUAUCUGCCCGGUGCUCUGCGGGGGGUUCACCUGGGGCCUGCUCCAUAGCCUCCACGCAGUCGUCCGGGUUCCGGAUGCCGCUACCGCCCGUGGCCAUUGCGGAUACGGCAGCUGCGGCGGCAGCGGCGGCGGCGGCGGCCGCCACGCAAGCGACCUCUGCUGCGACGAGUGGCGGCGCCGGUGUCCGGGUGCAGGUGCAAGCGGGCGCCGAGCUCGCAGCCCGCCGCUUGCUGCUAUUGCUGUUGCGGCUGCCACGACGGCGGUGGAGGCGCCGGGCGCGGCGCCGAUGCCCGAAGUCGACAGGGGCCGCAGCGGCGCCGGUAUCCGUCAAGGGUGUGCAGGAGGAGGACGAGAGCAGCUGCUGGGCCGAUGUCGCGGCGCCCAUCUCCGCGUCUUUCGCUUCCAAGGCGGCGGUGGGUGCAACCCCACCUGAGGCAAUGGGAAAGACGACGACUUGGAGCCCUAGCGGCAGCAACAGCGGCAGUAGCCAGAAUGUUGUAACGCCGCUAUCGCAUGCUCCUGGGGUUGGUGGCCGCAUGGCGCGCGUGGAACCGUCACUACUGAACUUUCCACAGCUGUCGUCGCCGCCAUCAUCGCCGAGGCAUCAUCAGCAGCAGCAACAGCAACAGCGGCUGCGGCUGCAGCCUGCGCGACAAGACCACCAACAGCAGCAGGAGCUGACGACGCCUGCGGGCCAACCACCCGUAUCACUCUUUGCUUUGUCCUCCAAAUCCGCGCUGCCGCAGCUACAGCGGCUACAGUCGAACCAUCAGUCGAGCAGCCAGCUGUGUCGCUUGCCGUCAACACACCAAAACCACCACCAGCAACAGCAGCAGCAAGUCCGGCAGUACCAACUGGGCUUUAUCCAGAGCUCUCAGCGGUCCUUUCGGGCUGCGGCAAAUGUCUUCCGAAACGUGCUAUACGGGUUCUCGUCCUUUCGUACGACACCGGUUAACCAACUCAGCCGUGCUGCAAGCAAUGCCAGCGCUCUUAGCAGCGCGCAGCCGGCCGGCGAAGGUGGAGGCCCGCCGGCUUGGCUGGAUAGGCUGGAGGGGCGGUCGCUACUGGUGCUUCCCUCGGAAAGCCGCCUGCGGCGCGGUGCGGCUGCUAUAGCCCACAACAGCUGGUUCGAGGCGGUCAUUCUGCUGCUCAUCCUGGCAUCGUGCGUGUGUCUGGUGCUGGAUGCGCCCUCCCUAAAUCCGGAAUCUCGACUUGCGCUGGCGCUGCGCGUCCUGGAUUACAUCUUCACAGGUGCAUUCACACUGGAAGCCGUGCUCAAGAUUGUGACGUUUGGCUUUGCAUUUACCGGCAGGCAUGCUUAUAUCCGCAACGGCUGGAAUGUGUUGGAUUUGGUGAUUGUGAUGCUGGGCUGGGCGUUGAUUGUGGUGGAGCUUGUGGGCCGUGACGGGGUAAAGGACAACGUCAAGAUGCUGCGCGUGCUGCGGGCGCUGCGCGCGCUGAGGCCACUGCGGGCAGUACAGCGCUUCCCUGGGCUUCGAGUGGUGGUGAACACGCUGUUCGCGGUGCUGCCGGCCAUGUUGAACGUGGCGCUGGUGUGCGUGUUUUUCUACCUCAUCUUCGCCAUUCUGGCGGUCAACCUGUUCAAGGGCAAGCUGUACAACUGCGUGGAUGCGGCCAGUGGGGAGCGGAUUGAUCCGUACUACGUACUGCCGUACGGUCAGCAGCUGACUCGCGCGUGGUGUGAAGCUGGCAACCAGGCCAUAUCCCAGUCGGCGUAUUACAGCGCACUCAACGUAUCGAUGCCAGAGUACUCGAUCGCGACGCAGUGGGUCAACCCCAAGGCCAACUUCGACAAUGUGGGCGUGGCCAUGUUGACGUUGUUCCAGACCGCCACACUCUCCCUGUGGGUGGACAUCACCUUCACCGCGGUGGACUCGGUGGCUGUGGACAAGCAACCGGUGUGGAACCACAACCCGUGGAUCAUUCUGUUUUUCGUGGCCUUCCUCCUGGUGUGCAGCUUCUUCGUGCUCAAUCUCUUCAUUGGCGUGACGUUGGACAAGUUUGCCGAGCUACAAGCGGAGCAGGACGCCGCGGGCGGGGCCUUCCUGACUCCCCAGCAACAGUCCUGGGUUCAGGUUCAGCGGCUGCUGCUACGUUCCAAGGUGCCGUACGUGCCGCCGCGGCCGGCGGGUCGCCUCCGUGGGGCGGUGUACUCUGCCGUGGCGGGUCGGCGCUUUGAGUUGUCGAUGCUGUUGGUCAUAUUGUCGAACGUGGUGUUCAUUGCGCUGGUUCACACGGACAUGUCUGCAACAUGGCAGGCCGUUAUGUCGUACAGCAACCUCGUGUUCACGUGCAUCUUUGUGGUGGAGGCGGUUCUCAAGGUGGCGGCGUUCGGCCCCCGGCCGUACUUUCGCGACGGCUGGAACUGCUUCGACUGCUUCGUGGCGGCGGUGUCGGCGGUGUCCGUGGCGCUGGACUUCAGCGGGACUCGUGACCUGAGCUUCAUGCCAGUGAUGCGGGUGCUGAGAGUGGUCAGGGUCGUCCGACUGGUGCGGCAGGCCACUGGCAUGCGAAAGCUGCUACACACCCUCAUUACCUCUCUGCCGGCACUGGCCAAUGUGGGUGGUGUGAUGCUGCUGUUCUUCUUCAUAUUCGCCAUCAUCGGCGUCAACCUGUUUGCCGGCAUCAAGCGCGGUGACAGCAUGAACGACCACGCCAACUUUGACACGCUGCCCAACGCCAUGCUGCUGCUGUUCCGGAUGAUCACCGGUGAGGGCUGGGACGCCAUCAUGCAGGACUGCAUGAACACGGACGACUGCGUGCUGGUGCUGCAAGACUGGAACGUCACCUCCUCUCAACCCACCUCCCAGCCUUCGUCCGCCGUUUCCGCCACCCCCGCCCCUGCCAACUCCACCCCAGCCGACCCUGCCACCACCAUCUUCCUGUCCGCCGGCACGUACCUGGACCCCUCGGAUCCGCUGCUGGCCGCCCUGCCCUCCGACGCCACGGACAACCAAUGCCCCCUCAGUCCCUUCGCCGCCGUCGUCUACUUCCCCGUGUUCGUGGUGCUGUGUACCUUCAUUCUGUUGCAGCUGGUGAUUGCGGUUCUUAGGGAGAACCUUCUGGAAUCGGAUGACGGCGGUGACGAAGCGGAAGCAGCUCGCCCGGUGCCUAGGACUGCCAUAGAGAGCUUUACUAAGGCCUGGUGCGCCUCCGUGGCGGAGGCUGCUGGCCCUGGCGGUGGCGGCGGCGGUGGCGGCGGCGGCGGCAGUGGUGGUGUCGGCGGCUUGCUUCACGCCUCUCGGUUGGCAGGUGUCUUGGCGGUCAGCCACCCGCCGCUGGGGGCCCUCGGGAGCGACCACCCGCGGCAGGAGGUGCAGCGCGUGCUGCUGAGGCUUCGGGUCCCUCUAUACGAGGGCAACAAGGCUCCUGUGUCGUUUAUGGAGACGCUGCACGCGCUGGCGGGCAGUGUGUGCGCCACACCGCUGCCACCGCCCGAGGAGGACAAGCUGCACAGGAAGCUCAGCAAGCGGCUGCCGAAAGCCCAGCCGCACGCAAAGUACACCUCAGCGCAUGUGAGAAGAGGCACCGCGAUGAUGGGGUGCGGUGGCGUCUGCGCUGGCAGGGACGAGGAGGCGCGGACGAGGAGGAGGAGGAGGAGGGGGAGGAAAGGGUUUAAGGGCGGGGAAAGCGAGGGACUCGGGACAAGGAGGGUGCUGGUGGUGCGCAAGUGGGGGGUUUGGAGAAUGGGGAGCUGCGCAUGUGCUGGUUCAUCCAUCACCCUCCUCCCUGGGCUGGGCGGCAGGCAGCGUAUUACUGCACUGCACUUGCAGCUGCUCGUGUCCGUGUCUCGGGAGGAGGGGGCGGAGGAGGAGGAGGGUUGA